UGUGUUGAGAUUUCAAGUAUCUAGUUUAUACCGAUCUCUUUGUGCCAUUUGGUGUGUACAUUUUACAAGAUGGACGAAUGAAAACAGGAAGUGAUGAUUCUCUCAAAACGGAGAUUGUGUGUAGGCAGUUAGCUCAAUGGAUCAGCAGCAGCUGAGCGAGCUGCUAGAGUGCUCCGUGUGUCUGGAACAGCUCGACGACACCAGUAAGGUGUUGCCAUGCCAACACACCUUCUGCAAGCGCUGCCUGGAGAAUAUCUUCAACACAAAACAUGAGCUAAGAUGUCCAGAAUGCAGGUUUCUGGUGGAGAUGAGAGUUGAGGACUUGCCGUGCAAUAUCCUCCUAAUACGACUGCUGGAAGGCUUGAAGACCCAGGCCAGGGGGACCAGUAGCCUAGUCCAGGAGCGGCGUAGAGACCCAGUAGGCUCGCCGGCCAAGGCCGAUAACUCUGUCGAAGCUGUAACUGCCUUUGCACGGCAACAACAGCAAAGGCAGGCGGUAGCUGGCACUCGACCCUGUGCAAAAGCCUUGUAUAACUAUGAUGCAAAAGAAGCGAGUGAUCUGACGUUCAUGAAGGGCGAUAUUGUAUACUUGCGUAAGCAAGUGGAUGAGAAUUGGUACCACGGGGAAUUCAACAGUCAGCAUGGAUAUUUCCCUGUUAGCUAUGUCCAGGUGAUCACUCCACUACCCAGCACCAUACCACAGUGUAAAGGACUGUUUGACUUCAACUCGGACAAGGAUGACGACUGCCUCUCAUUUAAGAAGGAUGAGAUCGUGACAGUCUUAAGGAAAGUGGAUGAGAACUGGUUGGAGGGAAAGAAAGGAGACAAGAUUGGAAUCUUCCCAGUUUCCUUUGUGGAGUUGAAUGAUCCUGCUAAAGUGCUCUUGCGACUGACUGAUAAAAAUGGUACGGAUCCCACCAGCAGUAGCAGUGUUCCACCAAUUACCCCUGUGCACCCUAGCCCCACCGCCCGCGCCCUCCAGUCAGCCGCUGUGCGACCUUCCUCGCGCCCGGGCUCCAAGGAGGGCUCGCCCGUCCAUGUCAUGUCAGUGUCGGCACCCAAGCGCCACUCUCUCACCAACAUGUCCCAGAACUCUCCACCGCUGCAUUCCCAGGCCUUGCAGCGUCGUUCUUUAGAUGGCAGCACCACAGACGGUGACCUUGUUGCUGUGGGAGGUCAGGCUGUUGAUGUGGUUACGAGAUCAUCCCUGGUGACCUCCAUCCCUCCUUUACUUUCCUCAUCUCCAUUUUCUUCCAUGAAUGCUCAGGACACCAGGAAGCUUACCAGUGAAGGCAGCCAGCAGGGAGACAAUGGAUCCCCACAGGAGACAUCCUUCCCUGUCCCCACCACUGCCAGACCGGUCCCCGAGCCUGCUGUACCGACGCCAUAUGGGCCCAAACAGGUUCCAGAGGAUCCAUUAGGUGUUGGGGUUUCCACUGUACAAAUCUAUAAAGCUCUGUUCAACUACAAACCAGAGAAGGUUGAUGAGCUAGAGCUUAUAAAGGGAGACUACUACUCCGUGUCGGACAAAUGUCUCGACGGCUGGUUCAAGGGAGUGGCAAUAAAGACCUCCAUCGCAGGAGUCUUCCCAGGAAACUAUGUGCAGGCAGUCAAGACCCAUGUGUUGCCAGGGAAGCCCCAGCCCCAGGGGGCCAGUGCCCCUCUAAAUCCCACGAUCAGUCCGCCCCGUCCCCAGACCAGCAGCUCAGAGGCCAUUGGUCGAUCUCGGGCGCGGUUGGAGGUGGGUGAGCGGAGGUCAAGCAGCGCUGACCGCGGUGACCGACAUGCCAACCCUCCGCCUGUGGUACCAAGGAUUGCCCUGCCAACAGCUAUAAGCAAACCGUCAUCCAAUUCGAGCCCCAGCAGUCCUGUGCUGGCCACAGGACCCAAGACCACGCGCUACGUGCGUGCCUCCAAACCAACAAGUCCCAACGUGGCCGGCGCCAAGACAGAACCCUCCACCCCCAACCCUGCCAGCAGCCCCGUGUGGAAACACGCCAUGUCAGCCUGUGCCACCAUCACGCCGCCCAAUGUUGUUGUAGGCGCCACUGGUGGGUCUGGGCCGGGUGUGAAGGAGAAAGAGAAGAAGAAGGAUAAGGAGAAGAUGGGCCUGAUCAAGCGGCUUGCGUCUGGGGGCAAGGCCAAGAAACCAAAGUCUGUGGACCUGGGCAGCUCACAUCCCCUGGGGGACACCUCCAUCAACCACAGCAGGUCAGGGUCUUUCCCCAGUGACCUGACCGUGUCUGUUGCUCCUGACAAUGCCCACAGGAAGACGGGCUCCUUUGAUGCCUUGUCCUCCACUAACCUGCAGCAGAAACCAGCCCGACCCAAACCACCUGUGCAAGAGAAGUACAGAUGCACGGAGACCUAUCCGGCCCAGACUGAGCUCGAACUCGACCUCAAGGUGGGUGACAUCAUCUUUGUGAGUAAGAAACGUGAUGAUGGAUGGUACAAGGGCACUUUGCAGCGCACAGGAAAGACGGGCCUCUUCCCAGGCAGCUUUGUUGUUAAACAUUGAUAGGUUAUAGAGGGCUGACAAGGGAUACUAGGACAUUCAUUACCAGGAUUGACCUCUUUCCAGAGAGCUUUGUUGUCAAAAAUGGAUACGUUUGGUAGAGACAGAGAAGGGAAUGUGAACGGCCAUUGUGUUCUGUGUGUUAAGACUUUGUGCAUUGUAGUGGUUAGUUUUGACUUUAUAAUAGUAACCCAACGUGAUUGUUAAAGAUAUUACUUUUGUAGAUAUUUUUAAGCAUCAAGCUUUUAUUUUUGAAAAAGAGCUUUUUACACUUAAGUUUCAUGUAUACAUGUUAACAGGCCUCUUUCCAAUAACCUUUGUGGUCAAUCAUGGAUACGUUGUAGGGGGCUGACAAUCGACGAUGGAUAGUAUGACAUUCAUAGCCGUGCUAACAUAUGACCCACGCUCCGGGAAAACGGGGCUUAAUGUAUGUGCGUUAAGUGUCGUCCAAGAUUAAGCUUGUGUGUUACUAUUUUUGUAGACUAUUUUAAGCAUCAUGUUUUGAGUCCAGAAAAAGUAAUGUUUCAGAGAAAAUUAACAGAAAACGUGAGGCUAUAAAUCCAUGAAAUUAAUAAGGUCUUUAUCUCAUGGGUUAAUAGCCUGUUGUUUUCUGUUAAUGGUUUGCCUUUCAAGAUGACCUUAUAAAAUCCCUGCAUACAUAAUAUGUGCCUCUUUAUGGGAAAACUGGGCUUAAUGCAUGUGCAAAAAAUGCAGUCCACAUAGGCUUAUCAGGGACAUCAGUUUCUGCUUUUAUGGAUUUUUUUGUUUAAUUAAAGUCUUCAUGACAAAAAUCCAGCUUUGGCGGAAAGUUUUGUCUCAAAUUAUUCUGUGCGGACUGCACAUGCUAUUCUUGGACAAAACUUGGCGCACAAUUUAGCCCAAUUUCCUCAGAACCAGGCUCGUAUUGUGUGCCUUGAGAGCCAGAAGACAUUAUAAGCCUUCUUUUCACUGAUACUGAUUGGGCCUUCUGGCUUUAAGGGUUAAGAUUUGUCCUUAAUCAGUACAGUGUCUUAGAGCACACACAAAUUAUGUUUACUGCGGCAUAAUACUUAUGUUCUGUAUGCUUGUAUUUAGUCCCUAUUGAAUGUAGAUUUUUUUUGGCGUGUUUAUAGUUUUGUCCCAUUUUCAAAUGCAAUUGUUCAAAUUAUAUCAUAUUUUUAACAAAUAUAGAGCCUUGUUUUGGGAAAACGGGGCUUAAUGCAUUUGUGUAAAGUGUCAUCCCAGAUGAGCUUGUGCAGACUUUACGCACAUGCCUCAUGCCCAGUUUUUCCUAAUAUGCAACUCAACAUACUUUUGUUUGUGAGAAACAUUAUUUGCUUAGUGUGGAACUGUGGUAACUGCUUUACAUUUAAAUACAUGUAUUUCAAACUCUACUUUGAACAAAAUUACAAUAACUGGGUUAUGUUUGCAUACAUAUUUCAGUGAAAUGUCCCAAUACAAAAAUCUUUUAAUAAUGGUCACCUCUAAAAAAGGUGAAGAACAGGUGUAUGUUUGGCAGUGUUAGGGCCAGCGGCAUUGUGCACUACAUCUGAUCUUGUUUGAGCAGAAUUGCUUUUAUCUCACUUGAGAUAUGCCCAUCCAGACACAUAUGACUUCAGGAGUUUUAAAUAAACCAUUUGUUUAUGUUGAAAAAGAAUGCAAUAGUUCUUAGUUAAAACAGAAAUCUCAUUCUGAAUAGUAUAGUAUGUAAGUUAAAGCUGCCUGUAAAUGUAUCAAGUCUUGCUUUGUCAUUCAUAACCAUACCAAUUUGUUUCGACAGUUUUUUGUAGAGUGGGCCAAUGCAAAAAUACCUCAGAUCAUUCAUGAAUGUUGUUUUGUAUAUAAAGUUGCUUUCAGGACCACAAGUUGCUAUUGUGUUGCCAAAAUGUCCAGUCUUACCCAGCAAAACCAUGUUCAAUUCUUCCAAUAUCACAUGACAUACUGAGCCAGCCUCGCUCAGUGAAAACAGCUAAAUACAUGUGCACAGGCUAAUCAAAGAUGACACUAUGCACAUAUAUUAAGUCUGGUUUUCCCAGUGCGAGGGUCAUUGGUAUUGAAAACAUUUUCUUAUUCACUUAAGCUCCCCCCCCUGAUUUGGCUCUGUGUGAUCAUUUAAAUGAAACAUAAAAUUUCAACAACACAGUAAAGGAUUUACAAUUUUAAUUUAUGAGAUUUCUAAAAUUCAGUAUCACAAAAAUUAACUACUAUUAUUAUUUUGUUUAAUUAUAAUCAAUUUUGAUAUAAAUUAACUGUGGCUACAAAUACUACCACUAUUAUGUUAGUUAUAUUAUAUUAAAUUUUGAUAGAAAUUAACUUUGGCCACAAAUACAACUAGUAUUAUGGUUUUUUAGUAUAAUUUAAUUUUGAUAACUGAAUAAAUGUUUUGUAUGUAUUUAAAAAUUAAAUAAUUUCAGACGUAUCAUUCUUUUAUUAUCAAAGAAACAACAAUUUGGAGUUCUAAUGAAUAGGAAUUAAACCACCAAUGUUUUAGCCUGAGUUGAUUUUGCAGCAAACCACUAAAAUUACGUGUGAGUUGUGUAUUGGGGGAUUGAUGAUGAUAAUGAGAGAAUGAUUUAGAUUUUAAUACAAUCUGUCAAAUGUUGUUGCAAUUGAAUGACAACUUUACAUGUGUUAUACUGUGCAGCGCUAAGGACCAUGGUCCCUAUUUAAAAAGCUCCUUAGAGCAAAUCUUGAGAUUCUAAGUUUGUACAAUGUUGGAGUCUCUCGCUCUUUUGUGUGGAGGACUUGUCAUAUUUGCAUAAUUUAAAUAGGUUAAUAUUGCUCAAUUGAUUAAUAUUAUAUUCUAUUGUAAGCAGAAAACAUUGCAUCUCUUACAUCAAAUUUAUUCUGACAUUUUCAUGUUAGUGUGACUUAGGUUCAGAUUUCUCUAAGAAACUUUGUGAAUGCAGGCCAAAGACUUGUGUUUGUGUUGUUUAUUGGUUAUUUUAAAACCAGAAUUAUGUUCUAUUAAAUGAUGUGUGUUAUGCGAAAAUAGGUCUUAAGCUAUAUUUUGAUAGUGUAGCCCCAGACCAGCCCCAUAACCUGGUAAGGAUCGAGCUAUUCUCUCCAAAAACUAGACUACGAAAUAUUGAGUGACUAUAGCGAACAGGGCUACCCAGGCUGCUUACUGCAUAAGACCGAUUUUUGCAUGACACCGCUAAAUUCAGUGAGUAUCUUGUAAGAAUGACACGUACUUAAUGUUUGAAAUACACUUUAGUCACAUUGUACAACCAUAGUGUUUUCUUAGCCAAUUACACGCAUCUUUGUUAUUUUAUUUUUUGUUCAUUAUUUGCUCAUGAUGUGUUCACAUUUUUGUACUGUAAGUUUUGUUUCUUGAUAAAAUUUGAUGAAAAUAUACAUUUUUAACCAUGUGAUAAUGCUUGAUUUGUUGUUACAGGAGACUAUGAGAGAGAACUAUACCUUUAUAUAUUACAUGUUUUGAAUACAGAAAAUGGUGGAAUAAAUUAGAUAGAUAUAAAUGUGUUUCGUUU